AUGACUACUGAAUUCGACCUCCGCGUAGACUACUUUGCCACCUACAACAACCAGGCCGAAGCCAUUUUCAAGAAUGAAAUCAGCACACAGCUUCCCGUUGAGUCUCCCAACCAACGCCUCUUCUUCGUUCAUGGAGAUGACGAGUUUUCUGAUGCGGAAGUCAUUACGCUGCUCGAUGGCUCUGACGAGAAGUCCCUGGACGAGCUGAAUAUUUCGCCUAAUACUGAAUGUCUUUUCUUACACCUCCUUCACUAA